GAGCGGGGCCGCUACGUGCGCGGGGAGCGCGGGGCUGCGCUCGUGUGCGCUCGCCGCCGCCGCCGCGCGCCUUUGAGUCAGCAAACUCCGCCGCUGGCCCGCCGGCUGGUGCGAUCUGCCCAGCCCUGCCGGGAGGAGCCGCCCUUGCUUUCACUUUCAGAGUUGAGUAUAAACAACAUAGCCUGUGAACUGCCUGUGAUUUUGCCUCAAGUAUUUUAAGAAAAAAAGAUACGAGAGGAACAGAAUUAUAGAUUUAAAGAGCAGGAAGAACAAAACAGAAAGAAGCAAGCAGAAUGGAUUAGAAAAGCAAACAAAAUUGUACGAACUGGGUUGAUGAACACUCAGGGACAUCCCAGGAGAGGUGGACACGUGAGACUGUAAGAGCCAUCCGGGUGUAAAUUGUGGGGUCGCUUGGUUCCCCUAUCUUUCUGCGUCCUGACUGAAGACCAGAAUGCCUUGAACUGCUGUGUGACCUGGCCAGCUUCAGGUGUCUGGAGCCCAGGAUCUCGCACUGAUAAAGAAAUUGAGGUUGUUACCCAAGGCACUGAAACUGGCUCUGGGCUAAAUUCCUUACAUCCUCCUAUAAACUCUACACCCUGACCCUGUUGCUGAGGACAUCUUCUCUCACUGUAGAACAGCCCUCUGACCAUUGCAGUGACACUUCAGCCUUUCUAUUGAUCGUGUCCUGUGAAGAUGUUUCCAGAACAACAGAAAGAGGAAUUUGUCAGCGUCUGGGUCCGAGAUCCUAGGAUUCAGAAGGAGGACUUUUGGCAUUCAUAUAUUGACUAUGAGAUAUGUAUCCAUACUAAUAGCAUGUGUUUUACAAUGAAGACAUCCUGUGUACGAAGAAGAUAUAGAGAAUUUGUGUGGCUGAGGCAGAGACUCCAAAAUAAUGCAUUGCUGGUACAACUGCCAGAACUUCCAUCUAAAAACCUGUUUUUCAACAUGAACAAUCGCCAACACGUUGAUCAGCGUCGCCAGGGUCUGGAAGAUUUCCUCAGAAAAGUCCUGCAGAAUGCACUUUUGCUUUCAGAUAGCAGCCUUCACCUCUUCUUGCAGAGCCAUCUGAACUCAGACGACAUUGAGGCCUGUGUUUCUGGGCAGACCAAGUACUCGGUGGAAGAAGCAAUUCACAAAUUUGCCUUGAUGAACAGACGUUUCCCUGAAGAAGAUGAAGAAGGGAGAAAAGAAAAUGAUGUAGAUUACGAUUCAGAAAGUUCAUCCUCUGGGCUUGGACACAGUAGUGAUGACAGCAGUUCACAUGGAUGUAAAAUAAGUACAGCUCCACAGGAAUCCUGAAAAAUAAUUCUAAUGUCACUAUCUUAGGAAUAGCAAAUUGUGUCCAGGCAUAGAGAAGAAAGCUUGCUAAUGAUAUAUUCUUACCUAAAGCUCACUCUCAUGAUAUUAGAUAUUUAAAUUCUUAAAGAUGGUGGAUUGUUUAUUAGUGGUAUGCAUUUUUAUGUUGUCUAACUUUUAGCCAAGCUUCUGUAUAAAGCUAAAAGCCUGUGAAUGCCAUACUAUCCUUUAUUGCCAAAUAUUAUUGGUAAACAAGAUACUGCCCUCAAGUGAAACGAGUUAUGUUUAAAGAAAACCUAGUUGGUUUUAUUGAAUUUUAAAAGAUAGGUAAACAGGGAGCAUAUAAAAUCCAGAUAGGGCAUUCCUUCCACGUCAAUGGAGCAGUUCCCGUAAACACAGCGCAUGUGAUGUUAGCCACUGUGAACAGUAACCCCGUAGAUCAGACUGCCUCUCUCAGACAUGUGGCUGAUAUUCUGUGGAUACCUCCCCUGCACUGGCAAAAUACUUUGCUUUGGGUGUUUGAUUGAAAUAUUUAAGAGUAUUUAAGCUUCCCACUAUUUUACCUAUUUCGUACUUAGAAGGAAAAUGUUAUCUUAUGAAUAGAAACAUUAAUGUUUACAGCUUAGGGGAAAAAACAAAUAGUGCUAGUAAUUUUACUUGUAUUUGCAGUCUGUAGAUUCAGAAAUAUAUUUUCAUUGUCCAACCAUCAGCUUAAGCAAAUGAUUUCUGGAAACUGUUUUCAUUAUUGUGUAAUUAGCAUUACAGGUUAAUAAUUUAUUUUUUGACCAAAUAUGUAAUUCUUAUCAUUAGAUAACUUUUAUUAUCAGUGGUGGCUACUUGUAACUUAUUUUUAACUCAGAAGAAUGAUCUUGUAAAAAUUUACAAAUUUAAUUUUUUGAAUAACUAUUCCCAUAAUUUUAGAAAGGAUGUCAACUUGCUAACUUCAAAAUUUAUUAUUUGUUUCUUAAGAACCCUUUUUUUUAGACAUCUGCCUGAAGAUUGGUAUAAUUUUAAUGAAAUGUAUUGUCUUAAUGGCCCAAAGAUAAGAUGUCUCAGAUAAACUACUUUGAACUUCAAAUUUCAGACAAGGCAGCAUAUUCUUGAGAUAAUUAUCCAACUUUCCUCCUCAUUUAAUAGUACAAAAUAUAUCUGUGGAAGUACAAAAUAUAUCUGUGGAACUAACAGGAAGAUAUUUCAAAUAACAGGGAUAACUUGUUGCUUUGAUUAAAUGUUACCCAGUCUAUAUGGAAGACAGCAAAGGCUACAAAAAAGCAGACUUUUCCUUUUUUUUUUUUUUUAAAUUUUAAUUAAAGUUACUGUGUCACAAAGUCUUUGCUUUGUUUUAAAGAACCAAUGAUGGGAGGUGGCAGGGGGACUAAGAACCAACAGAAAAAAAAAAUUAAAUUUAGAAUAAGAUGAAUUUCUUUACUUUUUUUUUUUUUGGUUUGGUCUAAAACAUUAUUAAACUUGUAUAAGUAUUUUAAUUUAGUGUAUCUUAGAUCCUGUUAUUUGUCAUCUAUGUCACUAUUUUAAUACAAGGAAAAAAGAAUUUAGCAACUUCUGAUUAUUUUGCUAACAUGUAAAGUUUGCCAUUGGGGCCUUGCAGAGCAAUCCCCAGCUCCUCGGUAAUGUGUAUUUGAAUUCCCAAUAUUUCUGUUUUAUAGCACUUUUGAAAAUCAUACUGUGCCACCAAUUAUCACAUUAUUUUUUGAUGUAACAUAGCCAUCAACAUUAAUACUACAUAAUGCCUAGUAUUUGGUAUGUAAAUGUCAUGAGAUCAUCCUUUUCACAUUAAACAUGAAAAAAAUAAUCAA